GCACGGCGACGUAGCGCCAGUCGGGCCCUUGCCGAGUGCGGUUGCGCUUUCUCCCCCGCUGCGAGGCGAGCAUCCACGCGGACAGAGCGACGCACCUCGGGUUUACCCACAGCGCGUGGCGGAUCGCCGAUAUUACCCGAGUGGAUCAUCGUCAGGGAGGCCACGCGGACUGUGAAUGGGCUGCGACUCCAUGCGGCUAAGAACGACAUGGAUUGGCGUCAGCUGACAUUGGCACUUCUAUUGGUCUUGUGCGCUCUGGACCUGAAAGCAGAAAUCCUCAAGGGGUAUCCCUGCAUCCGAAGGCUCAACCAGCUGUACUGUCCAACACCCGGCAACAGUUAUCCAAAAGUCAAUUGGACAGGCAUUGAAGGCGGUGAAAAAUACAAGGGAAAAAGAGUCAAAAGGGAGCGCAUCGACAUGUUCAUCGACGAGAACAAGGCCCUGAUACGGCGCAUGUUCGGCGAGUACUCGUCGCCCGACGAGGACGGUGGCCACCGGGACCACUACGAGACGUACGACGGCAAGACCAUCCACACUAGGACGGAGAGGUCCCGCUCCUCAUUCGCCGGUGCCUCGUCCAACAAAGUGGAUGCCUGCGAGUCGGCUGUGGAGAUCGUCACACCGUACUGGGCAUCGAACAGCGCUGGCAAGAUUCGGGCCAUUGUCAACACCCAGCACUUGCAACAGGCGAUACAGCAAGAAGUCUGCCAGUCCGUGCAGACCAAGAAGUGCAACAACGACUGCAGCUGCGAGCAGAAGUACAAGUGGCAUAGGCUCCUGGCUUACGACCCGGACGACGAUUGCAAAGGAAUCUUCAUGGACUGGUUCCUGUUUCCCUCGUGUUGUGUGUGCCGGUGCGCAAACCCCAUAAAAAAGUGACGCAUAAGGAUGCUCGUGACGUGGCUGCUCCACCGGAUAGCGCUUGAAAGCAACGAACGUCACGCUAAAGUAAAUGUGGUAUGCUGCUCCGAAAACCUGACGCUGAUCGCAAAUCACACCAGUAACAUAGGACGGAAAUAGAGGAAGCAGCGAAGAACGGUGACUGACAAAAAAACUGUGUGACGCAUUGCUACCCAGACAGCUGUGGCGAUGUGAGCCUUUUGGGACGAGCGGCCAAAACAGCACGGGACGUGAGACACCACCCGCUAAACAAAUUGUGCGUGCGCGUUCGAUGACUGGACAGCGUGUGUAUACUGGACUGGAAGACGCGGAAAUGGCGCGGGCCGAGUCUCCGCGUGCGUCGUCGGCGUGGCCGUCCGACCGUGGAGCGGUGUGCGCGUGUGUGUGGUGUGUGUGCGUGUGUGCGCGUCAAGCGACUUUGGCCGUUUGACGGCGACCAUGGCUGUUGUGUGCACGCACUCGGCAACUGGUGCUCAGAGAACUGACUGUUUAAGAAAGACGCGGGCAAAUAGAAGUAUUACACCCGCGUAACUUGUUUGAGAAAGCAGGGACUGUCCGUUCCUGAAGAUCGAUAGAGCGAGAAGCUCUUUCAUCGUUGUAAUUUUCCAGUAGGGAGCAUGCAGAUAUUAUAUCUAUGCUUAAGUGUGGCGUGCAUGGUCAUGAUGAUGAAUCAGCUUGAGAAAAGUGAACGUUAAAUCGUUAUUCCAGGCCGGCACAGACGGGGGAAUAACAGAACGAAAGAUCAUACUAUAAUUUAAAGAGUGAUAAGCAGGUCGACGAACCAUUAAGUUAUACGGUUAUUUGAAGGAAGAAAAUGCUUAGGGAGAGAAAGGGUUAGAUGGGGAAUUCAGAGCUGGCUGGGAAGACUUAAUAAAGACUAUGCAGUUGCAUGCUGCAGAAUAUAAUCCCGGUUAUUUUUUCAACUUCUCUGUUACACUAGUAGCUUUACGCAGAAGCCACUAAGGCGAUUAACUGUCCCUCGCACAAACCGCAUAAAACCCUUCUCGUUGUGUGCCAUUACUUCGGUAAUGAGCAGGCAAAAUCAGCAGUUUCGCCUUGUUUCUGUUUUGUUUUUUCUGUUUUUCUUCUCUAAGUUAUUGAUAAUUGCUUUUGAGGACUGCACGAAUCGCGGUCGGAGAACGCGGUUGGGGAACACAUUCGUGGCACGAUGACAUGAGCAAUUUUUGGUUGUCGUAUACGACGUACAAAUAUUCCUUCUGGGGAACUGCCAACGAAAGCGGCUAUUUACUGUUCAUGAACAGUGGUCGGAAUAUUUUUUUUUUAUAUAUAUGGCAUGCACAAUAAGCGGUAGCAAGUUGCUAUAUUAGAAAAGCUAUCUUUAGCACGCUGCCCGUUAGGAAUGAGCGAUCCCAACUGCACAGCGCAGCAUGCGAAAUUUCAUUCAUGCAAUCUGUGUUCGAUUUAUUUUAACUCGUUAUUUUGCUAUAGUUCAUGUGUUCUGUGUUUUGAGCAAAGACUGGGAUAUUAUGGAGCUUAGUGGCAUGUUCUGUUUUAUGAAAACAUGAAUAGAAAGUUAAUAAAAAAAAUAACAGGCAUUUUGCCCUCUUCCCUCCGCAUCUAGGAGGGGCCGAGUCCAUGGCCGCUUGCAAGCGCCUUCUGUAUCGCAGUGGUUAGAGAUGCGCAAGUGUGGUUUGCCGUGUCUUUCUUAUUGUCUUUGCUAACUGAAUCAUCUGACGUUUUGGCAAGGAACGAGUGCAUUGCGAUCAAACCACGAUAAUAACUAUACCUAAGAAUUAUUUCGCUUUAUGUUGCUGUAUAAAAAGUGAGCGGGAGUAAGAAAAUAAAUAAAAUAUAUGAAAGCGUAAAACGAUGCCCAUUCCCUGCAAACGCAUUAAAAAGAAUAUUGCUCUUCGGUCUCGUGACGUAAGGAAAUGGUACACGGAAAACAUUUUCAUUAUACGUGGCUUCGGAAAUGAUCAUGCUACGAUACGACUUCGCGAGGCUUCAGGAGCUGCCUGCUUCGGGCCACGGCGCGCCGGGGCCGUUAUGUUCAAGGCAUGGCGCUUCAGAGCUACACAAACGGAUGAAAGCAAUGGUAAGAAGAGGUACUUCAGAAAGGCCAAGAACUGUUUACCUCCUUCGAAGACAACGUCGACGAGGUGUAUGUUUUGUAUGUACGCCUUUUUGUUGCGGUUGCUCCACCAGUCGAUUUUUUUUUUCCUUUUUACCCAGUACAUCGGCCUCAAUUGUGAUCCUUUACGAAAUAACCCAGCAGUCAGCUUUAUUGACCAAUGCUCAAAUGUUUGUUACUGUUUGUCAUAUAGUGAGCAAGACGAAGUAGUGCCCGCGGUUGAGCGAGGACACGAACGGACAUUAAAGAAGAUGGCGUUUGUCAGCGUGCAUGUCCGCGUCAGAUUCACUGACGAAGGCGUCUCUGAAUGGUCCAGUUAAUCUAGUGUUGCUGUCAUGAGCUUUCAUUAUAGUGGCUUGAUUUUGGUGAAAAAUGAUGUUGCGUGAAUUUUGUGCCUCGUCUCUAACAAACUCCUCAGAUUUUCAGUACCUAUCGCAUCCUUGAAACAGCAAACCUUGUCAAACGCGAAUACUUGAAGUCACAAUCACUAGACAACGCUGUCGAAUACUAUCCCUACAUCUUAGAUGCUCCGAGCUGGUCCGGAACCUUCACCGAAUUGUUCUUUUCGUGAGGAAGAUGAAAUAAUAAAUCGGUUUUUCAUUGCUUG